CGCCAACCAAUCAGAACGCUUCUCGAAGCCCAGUUAGCUUUCUACGGUUAGCAUAACAUAACCGAGCAAAACAUGACAUAAUGCGUUAAGAAAUGAGCAGUAAAAACAUCAAAUAACUGGAUAUUUUCUUCUGUUGUCAGCUUACUUCUGGACUCUGACUUUGGACUUGAAGGAAAAGAACAGGUGGAGGAAGAACUCAGAAUAUAUUCUUGGGAGCUGUGUGCAGUGUUCAUGUUAACAUCCAGGGGAGUAGAGUCUGUUCACCAUGGCCCUCGCUGAGGAGACACCCGAGAAACACUGCUGGGUGUGUUUUGCCACAGAGAGAGAUGACCUGGCUGCGGAGUGGGUGAGCCCCUGCCGCUGUAAAGGCUGCACUAAAUGGAUCCACCAGGCCUGUCUGCAGCGCUGGCUGGACGAGAAGCAGAAGGGGAACAGCGGGGGGGCGGUCAGCUGUCCGCAGUGUGGCACCGAGUAUCACAUCACCUUCCCCAAGAUGGGCCCGCUGGUGUACUUCCUGCAGCAGGUGGACCGGGCUCUGACUCGGGUCAGCCCCUUCGCUGCCGUCGGAGUCGUGGUCGGCACCGUGUACUGGUCCGCCGUCACGUACGGAGCCGUGACCGUCAUGCAGGUGGUGGGUCAUAAGAAGGGUCUCCAUGUGAUGGAGCGGGCCGACCCCCUCUUCCUGCUGAUGGGUCUGCCCACCAUCCCAGUGCUGCUGGUUCUGGGGAAGAUGAUCCGCUGGGAGGACUACCUGGUGAGGCUGUGGCAGAAACACUCCCACAGGGGGAAGCUCACACCAGGUCGUUACCUUCCCAGAGUCCCGGCUGACGGCCUCGGAGCCGGAGAUCACCUCUCUGUCUCUCGGACUCUGUGUGGAGCACUCGUUUUCCCCACCAUCGCCUCUCUGGUGGGGCGGAUGCUGUUCAGACAGAUGCCCUCCAACCUGCAGCGCACCGUGCUGGUGUCUCACUGACUCCCCUCUCCACCUGCAGGGCGGCAUCGCCUUCGUUCUGAUCAAAGGAGUUCUGAAGGUGUAUUUCAAACAGCAGCAGUGCAUCAAUCAGGCCAGCAGACACAUCCUGGACUACCCAGAGGGGAGCGCUGAGGGACAGAGCGACGGCGCCGAGGACGAGGACACGGAGGACAGCGGCAACGAGUAGUUUUAAUAAAGAGGAGAGAGAGGGAAAACUGUGAUGUGAUUUACUUUAAAACACAAGGCAGAGGUGAGUCUCAGUGAGAAGGAAGCUUCAUCUGCCCCGUGGACGUUUAAAGGGGCCCUAUUCUGCUUUUCUUUUGGUGUCCCUUUCCUGCAGUGUGUUUCUGUAGUCUGCAAAGGCUAAAAUCCCCCCUAUGGAACACUCGUGCUCCAACACGUUGUUGUGAUAGGCUAAGGGGGCGGGACAUCUAAUCAGCUAACCAAUCAGAGCAAACUGGGCUCUGGUUUCACACACAGACAGUAUGAGAAAAAGUAUGAGAGCUAUUUGAACAUUAAAGCAUGGAGACAUGUCCCCGGAGAGACACUACACACUGAACAUGAGGAGAACAGGGCCCCUUUAAUAUUUCUCCUCCAACAUCUGCCUUAUUCUCACCCGUAGAAAAACAUAUGUGAACAUAUCAGAGCUCCUCUCAUCCUUAAAAUCUAGUCUCAAUGACAACAGAUACUUGAAGAUAUUUAUGAAAUAUAAUUUGGUGCCUUUUCUUUUUAUAAAGUGCCCGAUUUAUUGGAGCUUCAACACAGACUAAUGAUUAGGAAAGGGAGGAUUUAAAUUGUGAAAGCAUGAAAGGAAUCAUUGUUUUUAUCAUCAAAUGUAGAAAUAAAUCAUCGUAUCCACAAUAAAUUCCUCCCAAAGUCCAACUGAAACUAGCGUAGUGUGUCUCUGGAAGUCUAAAUGUGUGUUUGCACCUCAGAAUUUUGAGUAUUUGGUCAUUCAAACAAUGAAAUAGUUGACAGGAGACAGCUGGGUAUUCAGAUUUACUGCACUUGUGUUUUAGGUAUCUUCAGUGCAUGUAAGUUAAGAAGCCUUAACACACGUCCUCCUUUAAUGUGCCUUAUUUGAAGCACUUUUUUCAAAAUAGAACAAGCUUAUUUUCUGUAAAGCACUGUUCUGAAACGUGACGGUUACUCAUUUUUUACCUCCGUUAUGAUACCUGCUUGGUUUUGAUCAUCUUUGGGUCGUUUCUCUGUAUUUAUUGCAUUCAUUUUUGAUCUACUGGAUAAAAAAUUGCCCCUAAUUGUUUUCCUUCAAACUCCUUUUAUAAGGAUAUUUAAAUUCUUGCUUUGGUUCUACAUUUUCUGACUUGCAGCACCUGUUUGAUAAAAGGAUGCUGCAGUGUUCUGUGAUUGUGUCUCCUUAGUUUUAAGACCUGCUGAUGUGUCGGAUGCUAAUGUGAAACGCUCCCCAACAGGAGACUGAAAGUAAUCCAAACAUCUCACAGUUUAUUCUUCCUGAGUCGAUUGUGGUUGUUUGCACUUCCUCUGGUGGCACAUAAUAUAUCUAUUUUUGGAGUAAAAAGAAAAGGGUGAGAUUUAUUGUUGAUUUGAAGCUCUUUCUGCUCUUGCCAAAUGAACAUGCUCUGGGACUUUAAUUGCAAGUGUGUGUUAACAUGAGCUCUUAUUUUAUGUUUUGGUGACAAAUGUGUUUAAUAAAGGUCUUUAUAAACCAA